UUUAAAAUCGCUUCACUUGUUUGGGGGUGGCGGGGAGCGUGGGUCAAAUUGAGGCGGGGUGGUCUGGAAAAGAGAACUCGGGAGCACAGCUGGGCGCGACUCAUUCGGACGCAAUGUGGCAGUGCUGCUGUUUACUGGUCGUGCUGGGCUCGCUUCCGGUGGGCGCCCAGUUCCCCAGAGAGUGCGUGACCCCCGAGGGGCUCCAGAGCGGCCAGUGUUGCCCGUCCCCGCCGGGUCUCGACGCAGGCCCGUGCGGCUCCGGCGCGGGCCGCGGCCAGUGCACGUCCGUCGCGGCGGAUGCGCGACCCCACGGCCCCCAAUACCCGCACGACGGUCGGGACGACAGAGAGCGCUGGCCGGUCCGUUUCUUCAACAGGACGUGCCGCUGCAGCGGCACUUUCAGCGGCUACAACUGUGGACGGUGCAGACACGGCUGGUCCGGAGACAACUGUGACCAGAGAGUGUCUGUGGUGAGAAGAAAUGUAAUGCAGCUCAACGCCGCAGAGAAGCGAGCCUUUGUCAACGCGCUGGACCAGGCCAAGCGCACGGUGCACCCGGAUCUCGUGAUCGCCACCCGGCGCCACGCCGAGAUCCUCGGGCCUGACGGCAACAGCACACGCUUCGAGAACAUCUCCAUCUACAACUACUUUGUGUGGAGCCAUUACUACUCCGUCGGCAAGACCUUCCUUGGCGCCGGCCAAGCCAGUUUCGGAGGCGUGGAUUUCUCCCACGAGGGUCCCGGGUUCGUCACUUGGCACCGGUACCACCUGCUCCAGCUGGAGAGAGACAUGCAAGACAUGCUACAAGAGCCCACGUUCGCCCUGCCCUACUGGAACUUUGCCAUCGGCGGCAGCACGUGCGACAUUUGCACAGAUGACCUGAUGGGAGCCCGGAGCAGCUUCGACGCCGACUCGCUCAGUCCCAACUCCGUCUUUUCUCAGUGGCGGGUCAUCUGCGAGAGCGUGGCCGACUAUGACACGCUGGGAACCAUCUGCAACAGCACCGAGACGUCUCCGAUAAGAAGGAACCCGGGAGGUAACGUCAACAGGCCGAUGGUCCAGCGUCUCCCGGAACCUCAGGAUGUGGCCGACUGUCUGCAAGUCAGCACUUUUGAUACGGCGCCGUUCUACUCCACUUCCUCGGAAAGCUUCAGAAACACCAUUGAAGGCUAUAGUGCCCCCCAGGGGAACUAUGACCCCGCAGUAAGGAGCCUCCAUAACCUGGCCCACUUGUUCCUGAACGGCACCGGGGGCCAGACCCACCUUUCGCCCAACGACCCCAUCUUCGUCCUGCUCCACACCUACACGGACGCUAUCUUCGACGAGUGGCUGCGGAGACACAGCCCAGGGUCGGCCGUGUAUCCUGACCAAAAUGCCCCGAUUGGUCAUAACCGGGGCUACAAUAUGGUUCCUUUCUGGCCUCCUGUGACCAAUGCUGAGAUGUUCGUGACCGCCCCCGAAAACCUCGGCUACUCUUACGAAGCCGAAUGGCCAGGUCAACCUUUCACGCUGACUGAAAUGAUCACGAUGGGCAUCAUCGCCGCCCUGGUGGUUGUUGGCGCCAUCUUCGUGGCCACCACUUGUGCCGUACGCGCCAGGUCCCGUAAGGUGGAGGGAUUCCAGCCGCUGCUUGGGGAUCAGUACCAGCGAUACGAUGACGGCAAAAGCCAGUCAGCCCUCUGAGCUCAGGCCUCACCCACGUGCCUCAUAAACUAUUACUUUAACUUUAAGACCACUCAAAACCAGGCUAAUUGAACACUGUCAGAAUGCAGGAGAAUAAUUCUGCCUUUGGAGAACUAAAGUUUAGGAUUUAUCGUCUUCCAGGUGAACCAACACAAGCACUCCCUUGCAAAACAUUUUAAUCAAGAAUUCAAAAUAACACGACUCAAGUAAUACUAAAAAGGAGUCGUCCAAA